AUGGCAACUGUAAUCAGCUCUUACACACCUUAUAUGUAUCAUCAACAACCAUAUUAUUAUCCAACAUUACCAUCAGUUUAUCCUACACAAACUGGUGGCAAUAAUCAUUAUUAUCCAAUGCAAACUGGUCCCAAUAAUCUUUAUUAUCCAAUGCAACAACAACAACAACCUCAACAGCAACAACAACGACAGCCAACAAAAGUUGAAUAUGUCGAUUCAGAAUUACAAUCAUUACGUCCUCGUCGUCAACCUCGAAUUUAUCGACAAGUAAUUGUAUUACCCACACCAGAACCGAUCUAUCGACAAGUGCGACACCGAUUACCAACACCUGAAAGGCAAGUCAUUCAACGAACAAUCGUUCAAAAAGGCAACGGUGAUGUCAUUGUUCGAGAACAACGACCAAAACCAAAAGUCAGAAGCCACAGCCGAUCAGAACAUAACACACAAUCGCGAUCGUCUCGUUCACGACAAGUACAUACUGACUAA